CAAAAUCCAGGAAUUUAGCCUCUGGAAAAACAGUGUCCCAAAAAUGGCAGCGGAAAUAUUGACAAUAGCAGAAGGUAUUAUAUGGCCGCUUUAUUGGCUCAUCUCUCGAGUCGCUGAAGCGAGGCCGCAGAAGCGGCCAUCCGCCGAAUGAGCCUAUGGCGACGUCGUCCCACCGUGUCGCCGCGUCCAACGGCCUGCCCAGCGCCUUGUCCUCGGGAAUUGCGGUCCUGCUGUCCUCCAGGGCGAGCGCCGCGCUGUGUAUCUUUGGCGGGAGGCACAGUCAAUUGACCACGCCGCAUGCUGCUGUGCCAGCCGCUCGAGUCUCUGGACGACGGGGCCCUGGCCGCCUUCAAUUCCGAAUCCGUAACCCAGGAUUAGCAGACAGGGGCGCAAGGCCCACGGAUUCAACCGCGGGGAUCUGCGAACCAUUGACACGUUGUUCCAAAAGUAGCGGGGCCGGGGGCUCGUUAUUGAAAAGGCCCCGGUCGGCCUCAUCACGGGAGUGUGCCUGGAUAAGGUCCCUUGCACGCAGGUCCCAUCCAUGGCCCAAUUCUCGAUUUGCGACUGGGUGCGGCCCGGAGCAGCCUUGUCGGAUUCGUCCAUCAACGUCGUCUGCAGCCGCGGCUCGCAGUCUUGGGGCUCCCUGCAGCGCGUCGUAUAGUCCGCACGCGAGCCUCGAAGGAUGCCGUUCCUAUUCCAUUUGCCUAAUCAGUCAGGAGCCUUGCCGUCUACUAGCGGAACGACAAAGUUCCGUCCGUCGAGCGGAGCUCAGAGUCAAGGCACCUCGUCAUCGACUAAUACGCGAGCCUGACUAACAUCUAGGCAAGGGAGCCUCACGUCGCGACCAGAUUCCACAGUCGCCCUCCGGGAAGCCGUAGCGAAGCGGCAGGUUAGCGGCUUCUCCGUAAGGGAUAAUGUACGCCUGGAUACGAGCCUCGCAGGCCGUGGACGUGACGAUUCCGUAUUUUCCUUUACGGUUGCUGCGAGAUGGACUCCAGGCUGGGACGGGUAUUAACCUUGGAACGCUAUUCAGGAAAGUGAUCACGUGCCACGCGAAAACCAGCUCUGGCAACCUUGUCAACGUCUGUCCCUCGGGCCCCUGCCAUGGCUGAGAAACGGUAUUCUCGGCAGGCGAU